UGAUUCUAGCAGUUUUUGUUUCUCAAAUCUCUUGUUCGUGAAGAGUUUAGACCGACGAAGGCUGUAGAAUCCCAUGGCUUCCCGAACGACGUGCCCCACAGCCGUAGAGAGGAAGAUGGUGAAACCUAUUAGGGUUAGGGUUCCACUGAAUCUUUCUUCAUCGUCGUCUUUGGUAACCAAUUGCUGUAAGCAUCAAUCAGAUUGUUGUUCUGCCCGGACGGGGACACAGAAUGAAUCCAACUUCAGUCGGAGCGGCGCACCGGUGCGGUUCAUGUUCUACCGGGAUGAUUCGUGGAUCGAUUUCCCGAACGAGGUUCUCGAGAGUCUUCGAUCGUCGUUCUUGGAGCGCAGGCCAAUGGUCGAAGCGUCGAUUGGAGGGACCAAGUAUAUCUUUGAUUUUCUUCGCAUGUUGCAGAUAGAUUUGGGGUCCGGUAGUCAGUGGUCGAUUGCUUGGAUCGACGAAAAUGGUAAGUUCUUUUUCCCCAAAGUGUUCGUCAGCGAAGAUCUGGAUAGCACUAAUGAGAACGGCCCGGCGGAGAAUUUGGGAGUUCAGAAUAUUGAGAUCGAUAUUCGAAUUGGUGGGAUUUCGUGCAAGAGAAAGGGGGUGGAACAUGAGUUGGGUCCGAAUGAGGACGAGACUGAGGUAAGUUCAACGAAAAAGCGGGACGAGGAUUCCUCGAAACGGCCGCGUUUAACGACCGCCGAUUCAGAAACAUCUAGCUGGCCGAAUGCGAAGCUUUUGAGCCCAGGAGAACAAGCUUACUCGGCGAUUAGCAAGUUGUUCAUGGCUGGGAUCAAGAAGAUCGAUCACGGCGCUACCAUGAGCGCAGUUCACCAGUGUACGCGCAUUGGGCCGUUGGAGAGAGCUCGUCUUGAAGUUUUUCAGAGGCAGAAUGAGGCCACCAAAGCUGCUCGAGGUGCGUCAAAUACCGUGCACGCGUGGUAUGGAGCUUCAGCCAAAGUCAUAGCGAAAGUUUUAGCUCAUGGGUUUUCGGUCCCAAGCAAGGUUUCAGGUUCGGAAACUAAUGGAAUUGGUAUAUACUUCUCUCCUGUGGGCUUCCCCCAUUUUAGUGCACUGGAAUCGGAGUCUGACGAUGAUGGGCAAAAGCAUGUGGUAUUGUGCCGGGUUAUAUUGGGAAGUGUCGAAAAGGUCGAAGCGGGGUCUCAGCAAUGCCAUCCUUCUAGUUUGGAUUUUGAUACAGGUGCCGAUAAUCCGACGAAUCCUAAACGCUAUGUUGUAUGGUGCACCAACAUGAACAGCCACAUCCUACCAGAGUGUGUUGUGAGCUACAAAUCUUCUGAUCACGUGCCGGGCCAGUUGAGAGGAUCGGCGAAGUAUCCAUUUUCCAAAUUAUUUUCGAAGAUGAAUAAGUUCCUCCCUGCCUCAAAAGUUCAGGCAGCCACGACUUUGUAUGACACAUAUAGGGCUCGGAAGGUGGCCAGAGAUGUUUUUGUGAACCAGUUGCGAUCUGUUGUGGGGGACGAGAUGCUGCUAUCGAUAAUGCGGGAGAUUCAUGCCUCAGAAUGAAGUAUGGAUUUAUUGAAGUUGCUUAAGGCAUCUCCAAUACUCUAUUUGGCACCAUGUGGAACGUUGGCAAAAGGCUUACGAGCAUCUGACAUGUGGGUUUGAAAUACUGAGACCUCUGGUCUUGAUACUCACGGAACAGCUAAGGUACACUUUCCUCCUGUCCUUUGUAGGGUACUUGUUUGCUUCAUCUGGAUGUUGUUUGAUUCUUGGUUAUUAUUCUUAUUCGAUGACUGAAUUAUCUUCUCCUUAGCAUAGGCUAUUGCUAUUGAAACAUUUGGUCUCAUCUUAUGGUAAUAGAAUUACUGAUACUACUCUACCCAGUGGUGCUAUAUGGAAGACGUUCACGACAAUGGCAUGCUAUAUUAUAGAGUAUUGCCUCAUGACUAGAGUUUUGGAUACUAGACAUGUACUAGAAAACAUAAUCAUAUCUGGUAAAAUUUUACUUAGUUAAUAUCUCUAAUUCUUAUAGAGAAACUAGUUUUUCUCUAAAUCAUAUCUGCUGUAAAAUCAUAUAUCCAGUUGGAUAGCUGUUUUAUUUUAUUUAUUUAUUUAUUUUUUUCCUUUUAAAAUGUGGGUCUUUUAUCCUUCCAUACUGAGUAGACUGAAUUUUGAAAGUAGAAAUGGUUUGAAUUCUGUAGGUUCCCAGUGGCUGGCUAUCGGCUAUCCAGUGGCUGAAAUAAUUAGGAGCAACUGUAUGGUUUAUUAGAGGAUACACACCGAUUAAUUUGGAGCUAGGAUGCUGCUUACAUUAAUGAAUUUCAGGGUAAAGAAAAUGGAUUCUUCAACCUUUUAUCUCAUUUGGUGCAUUGAGAACUAUGGUUGUCAUUGGAGUCUUUAUUUGAUGGAAGUCAACGUGUGACAGCCAGCCCCUCCUACCCAGAGAAAGGCUUAAUUCUUAACCAUAUGAAACUGAGCAAAUGUUUUGAAAUUGAGCAAAGAGUAAGAGACACCUAGAUGGAUGAAAUAUUAGGGCUGUACAAAAAAUCGAAGAACCGACCGGAACCGACUCAGACCGGCCGCCGGAGAUCGGAACCGGCCGGAACCGGAGUAGAACCGGUCGGCGCACGGUAGGUUUUAUUCAAAACCGAUGUCCAGCGGUUCGGUCCCGGUUUGAACCUGGGCCGGACCGCUGAACCGACCGAUGGUCUAAGUAUUAUUAUUUUUUGAUUUAUACAUAUAUGAAACGACGCCGUUUCACUUAAAACUGAAGAAGUGAAACGACGUCGUUUUAUGGCUUAGUAUUGGAAAAAAAAAUUAAACGAACGGCGCCGUUUUAACUCUAGGGUUAACACUGCGCCGUUUCCUUCGUCGUCGUCUUCUUCUUCUUCUUCUUCGUAUCUCUCACUCUCACCAGCCGCCGCUCCCCUCUCUCUCUCUCUCUCUCUCUCUCUCUCUCUCAAGGUGCACGCAGCGCAGCCACGCAAGGCCACCUCCAUCGCCAGCUCCCUCUCUCUCUCUAAGCUCACCUCGCGGCGUCAUAUCUCUCUAUCUCUCUCAAAAAUCUUGCAGCUUCACCGUGGUCUCUCGCUCUCUCUCACGGCGCACAUAGCCAUCGACGACGCCGACGAACCGACCGGAGUUACGCCGAGACCGAGGACGACGGUUUCCUCCCCCUUCUCCGGCCGGUUUCGGUCGAGAUUUUCAUCAUUUUCACCCCAUCGGUGCGGUCUCGGUUUUUGUCCAAAACCGAAACCGAUAUGUCGGUUUUCACCCCUAAUGAAUAUGCCUUUUAUCUCCCAAGGAAUCAUCUUGGGAGUUUGAAGCAAUUUGAGGUGCAAGAUAGAGAAAAUACAGAUUCUGUAGCUUAUUAAGUUCUAUUGGGAGUAUUUUCUAGUGUUUGGGAUGCAAAGUACCAGCAAAUAAAUGGAUAUUAUGUGGCCCAGAAGUAUUUGUAGCUGAUUAUAUUUUUUCCAAGUCCAUGUUUGAUAUGACGUAAGUUUAUUGUGUUAUCUAUUAAGUUGACAUGUUUAGAAAGCAUAAGUGAUAGUCAAUAGGAUAUAUUAAAAUAGGUUAGCACCUUCGAUGGUAGAGCAUACCAUAUUUACAGUAACGAGCUUAAGCAGGAUCAUCAAAAAAGGAGAGAGAGAGAGAGAGAGAGAGAGAGAGAGAGAGCUUAUGUAGAGCGCCCAGUGCCCAUACCAAAGCUUAUCGAAUGACUCAUAAACUUCUUGGGGGCACUGAUGUACACUGACAUUUUUCCUUCUUUGGUUCUCUCUUGUUGCAUGGAACCUUGAGAAGAGGUAUCCGUGUCACCAGAAUUUUGAAAUCGCCCCGACAGAGACCUAGAUGGCAACCUAACGGUCCUAACCUACUAGGGCAUAACUUGUUUCAUACAGUGCAAGAUUUUGAUCUAGAUGUUUCUCCAAUGGAAUUCCAUGGGAGCUUUUUUUUUUUUUUUUUUUUUUUUUUUUUUUUUUUUUUUUAAAUUUUCUGUUUGGUGCGGUGCUGCGAAACAGAUGGCUCACAUUCUUCCCCAAAAUGUCGAGGUUCUGUUGCUGACCUUGUAUGUGUUCAUCUUUGGAAACUAUCAGUGUAUAUUUGUUUCAAGUUAAUAGAGCAGGUUCUUUCUGUUCUAAUCUGUUAAGGUAAGAGCCCCCAAAAAUCAUUUUGUUAUUGUAGAAGGUUCUUUCUAUUAUUGAAGCGGACUCCUAAUUGGUUUGAAUUUUUUCUUGUUGGAGUAAUGCUUUUCCAGGGAAACUUUGGAUGCUGGUGGCAUUCUACAAAUUCAGGAGCUCAUUCUUCCUUGGGAAGUUCAUCCUUUGAUUUGGUUUGUGCAACAUCUAUACUAACACAAUUAACUAUACAUAGGCAUGCAACCCGAUUAAAAAUAGUCGGAUCUGUGCCUGAUCCGAUCUGACCCAGAUGGCAAAGCGCCCCAACCCGACCCGUCCGUACAUGCGGUUCUGUAUGGAUGGAUUUUUUUUUUUUUUUAAAAUAAAUCUGAAGGUUCUUGCA